AUGUCGGCAAAACGUAGCAAAACGCACGUAUACUUGACGCUGCAGCAACGAUUCGACAUCUUACAGAAGUUAAAGGAUGGUUGUUCGUUGUCUCAACUGGCUAACGAUUACAAUGUUACUGAUUUAACCAUCCGUCGCAUCAAGACGAAUGCUGCUCAGAUACGACAACAGUUGCAGAUAUCGGCUAUCGUUCACGAUCAAAAGAAAUCGAGAACGCCUGUGUUCGAUGAAUUAGAUGCUCGUCUGCACUCGUGGUUCUUACAGCGACGAGCAAUAGGCGAUCUAAUCACUGACCAACAAUUCCAAAAGAAAGCGAAAGAAUUGAAUAAAGAAUUUGGUGGCCCAUCGUCGUUUUCAGCUUCCAGAGGAUGGAUAUGGAGGAGUCUGAUGUGGAAGGCUCUUCCCCAAAAGAUACUGGCUCGCGUUGCAGAAACAAGCGUCACAGAAAUCAAAACAAAAAAGGAUCAAAUCACCGUAGGAUUCUGUGCGAACGCAAUUGGAACGCACAAGCUACCACCAGUCAUUGUAAAUAAAUACGGGCGACCAAGGGCUUUAAGACACUGCCAUGAUCGACUACCAGUCAUUUUCAUGGCUCAAAAAAAUAGUUUCAUGGACCGUAACGUGUUUGCUGACUGGUUAAAAAAUCAUUUCAGGCCGGCCGUAAGAAGGCAGCAAUUAGAAAGGGGUGUUGACGCAAAGGUGUUGCUGUUGCUGCAUAAUUCCGAAAAUCGCGUACUACCGACAGAAGAGGAAAAACAAGACGAUAAUUUCGAAAUAGUAUAUUUUCCGACGAACGCAACGUCUAUUUUGCAGCCUAUGGGUCAGGGAAUAAUCGAGACUAUGAAAAAAUCCUAUCGCCAUCGGUUGCUAAGGAAAAUCUUGGAGUUUCCUGGCGGACUAGAAGAAUUUUUUAAACAUUUCGAUAUGAAGAAUUGCAUCGAUAUAGUGAACGAGACGUGGACAGACGUAACACAAAUUGAUAUCUGUAAGUCAUGGGAGAAAAUAUUAGCGUACGAAGUAACAGAAGAGGCACGAAGUGAUCGAGAGGAGGACCUCUCCACCAGGUCAACAAUUAACGCCAUUCCAGACAAGCCAAUUCCUCAGCAGGAAAUUGAAUUGUUCAGUAGCUGCACUGAAACAGACGAUAAUUUCGAUUCAGAGGUGUGUGGCGAUCGAAAUCCUGAUAAGACGUACUUCGAACGAGAAUCCCACUUGGACGAUGUAGAUGUAAACAAAAUGUUUAAGAACCUAGUUUCAUGGUCGAAGAGACAACCAGUGUUUAUAGAAAUACAAGUCAAAUCAUUGCAAGAUUUUUAUAAAUAUACACGCAGAUUAUGUAAUCGAUCCCCUGUAAAUUAA